CGCGCCCACAUCCAGAACACACAUCAGGAUAAGCUCCAGAUCUGCGAGGAGUGCAACGAACCCCAGAGCGACGUAUUGGCGCACUUCGUGUCCCAUGGAUUCGCCUUCGAGUGCAAGAAAUGCAUUAAAAAGUUCUACAAUCGGGAACAGUUGAACGCACACAUGGAGGUGCAUCAGGACCCCAUUGUCUGCAAUUGGGAGGACUGCGGCCGAACCAUAACCACCCGGUCGAUGCUCGUCACCCACUACAGGGGCCAUAAGAGCGAAUACAAGUGCUCCGUAUGUCAACAGGCCUUCUGGAACGUAAAUAUGUUGAACAGUCAUCAGCGGUCACACCAGCAAAUACAACGGGUUGCCCCGCAAAACAUAGUACCACAGAAGCCAUCGCCUGGUCGACCCUCGACCACCAAAACGCCAAUCAUUCAGUCGAUACCGCCGAAGAGCGACCAACAUAUGCUGAAAUUCCCGUCGCCUUUGAACGCGACGGCAAUCAAACCAAAAACGCCGCAAUCGUUCGUUAAGGGAGGGCCACAAGUGAGCAAUACUGUCAUAAAGUGCGGUCAUUGCAACUCACUGUUCAAGAGCGCCAAAGACCUGGCCGGA